ACAUUUCAGAACAGCGUAGAUAGUUUAUUAUUUUGUUCUUUUGUCAUUCAAUGAUAUAUUUGACUGACAAAACGUCAAGGUGCAAGCAAGCAUUUAAAAUAUUUAGCUAACAUUCAGCGGAAUCCUGAACUUUCACUGUUCAAAAAACUCCAGAGGACAGACUGUACCAUUUGAACGAGCUAGAGGGGUGUGUCGUCCAAGCCACCAAGUUCCGCUUCUGUGUGGAUCCUGGAAGAGAUUUUGGGAUAUAAAAUCAAGGAACUCUCUUAUGCAGCACUUUUGAGUUAAUCUCGUGAAUGUCAUCAACCUCAUGACACAUUAAUUAGCCCCAUGUUCUAAUCACGCGCAAACAAGAGAGAGUACUUGUGUCUCACUGCAACCUCAAAAUAAUUCCUCACCCAGUCUCUGUCACUUCUACCGGUAGCGCGAGCCACACAACGCAGCCAUGGCCGGCGACGAUCAGCGCGCGCUACAGUAUGAACAAACUUUGAUGUAUGGUCGCUACACACAGGAGUUGGGGGCGUAUGCUAAAGAAGAGGCAGCUCGUCUGAGGGAGGAGGGGGGUUGGAGGCCCUCGGUCACAGAACGCUCACGCUCCCUGGAACUUCUGGAGUACGACAGGGGCCGCUGUGCCAAGUGUCGCAUCUGUACGGUGCGCUGCCAGAAGUUCCUCAUCUCUCGUGUUGGUGAAGACUGGAUCUUCCUCAUCCUCCUGGGUCUAUUCAUGGCUCUGGUCAGCUGGGUGGUCGACUUCGCUAUUGCCAUCUGUCUACAAGCACAGAAGUGGAUGUACGGAGGCCUGGAGAGUAAUGUGUUUCUCCAGUACCUAGCCUGGGUCACCUACCCUGUGGUGCUCAUCACCUUCUCAGCUGGCUUCACACAGAUACUGGCCCCACAGGCCGUAGGUUCAGGUAUCCCAGAGAUGAAGACCAUUCUGAGGGGUGUAGUGCUGAAAGAAUACCUCACCUUUAAAACCUUUGUUGCCAAAGUCAUCGGUCUCACCUGUGCCCUGGGCAGUGGCAUGCCUCUGGGCAAGGAGGGUCCGUUUGUUCACAUUGCCAGUCUGUGUGCUGCACUCCUCAGCAAAUUCAUGUCUCUGUUUGGUGGAAUCUACGAGAAUGAGUCGAGAAACAUUGAGAUGUUGGCAGCUGCCUGUGCUGUGGGGGUGGGCUGCUGUUUCGCUGCCCCUAUAGGAGGUGUGCUGUUCAGUAUUGAGGUAACAUCUACGUUCUUUGCGGUGAGGAAUUACUGGAGAGGGUUCUUCGCUGCCACCUUCAGUGCCUUCAUCUUCAGAGUCCUGGCCGUGUGGAAUAGAGACGAGGAGACCAUCACAGCUCUGUUUAAAACCCGUUUCCGUCUGGACUUCCCCUUUGACCUCCAGGAGCUCCCAGCCUUCGCUGUCAUUGGUAUUGCCAGUGGUUUUGGCGGGGCAUUGUUUGUCUACCUGAACAGAUUGAUAGUGCAGUUCAUCAGGAAACAGAAGACCAUCAACAAGUUCCUCAUGAAGAAGCGUCUUCUGUACCCAGCCCUGGUCACUCUGCUGGUGUCUACGCUAACCUUUCCCCCUGGCUUCGGACAGUUCAUGGCAGGCAAGCUUACCCAGAAGGAGUCUCUGGUGACGUUGCUAGAUAACCGGACAUGGGCCCAGCAGGGCAUAGCCGAGGGGUUUGACUACAUCGGCAACUCCCAGGCCUGGAAUCACCCCCAGGUCAACGUCUUUGUUACCCUUGUCCUCUUCAUCGUCAUGAAGUUCUGGAUGUCUGCUCUGGCUACCACCAUCCCUGUGCCCUGUGGAGCCUUCAUGCCUGUCUUCGUCAUUGGGGCAGCGUUUGGCCGUCUGGUCGGGGAGAGCAUGGCCGCCUGGUUCCCUGAUGGCAUCCACUCUGAUGGCACCAUCUACCCCAUAGUGCCAGGAGGGUACGCCGUCGUGGGUGCGGCGGCCCUGUCUGGAGCGGUGACCCACACGGUAUCGACGGCUGUCAUUGUGUUUGAGCUGACAGGUCAGAUCAGCCACAUCCUGCCGGUGAUGAUAGCGGUGAUACUGGCCAACGCCGUGGCCCAGUCCCUCCAGCCCUCGUUAUAUGACUCCAUCAUCAGGAUCAAGAAACUACCGUACCUCCCUGAGCUGGGCUGGGGACACCACGAGAAGUAUAAUAUUCGUGUGGAGGACAUCAUGAUCAGGGAUGUGAUGUACAUCACCCUCAACUGCUGCUACAGAGACCUGCAUGAUGUACUGCUGACUGGACACCUCAAGACCCUAGCCCUGCUCGAGUCCAGUGAGUCGAUGAUCCUGCUGGGUUCUAUUGAGCGUGCCCAGCUCCAGGCCCUCCUGUCCCUACAGCUGGGCCGGCCACGGAGGCUAGAGUACCUGAGAGACCGGGCUACUGCUGAGAAGAAGCGCCUGUCGAUGGUCUCCCACCCGGGCAGCGAGGAUGGCUCCCAAAGGGUUAACCAGGAGGUUCGGUUCCAGAUCUCCACAGCGGAGUCUUCCUUCAGUUCCACGCCUACCCCCUCCAUGAAGCCACUGAAGCCGGCCCUGAAGAGACCCUCUGUGGUGGACCGCCCUCCUGAUAUACCCAUGCCCACAAGUCCACAGGACCACUCUGGCAACACCUUAAAGAAUCUCUUCUGUGUCAACCCUGAGACAGAAGGCCUGGAGAACAACAAUGUCAACAUCAACAUAAAGGGCACUGCAUCGAGCUCUGCGUCUCCUGAGUUAAGGAGGCCACCCAAGCGCGUCAGGAUAUCCGUUGUGGAUGACUUCGAUGUGGAUGAUGACAUGACCAUCAGAGAGAUUGCAGAGUGGGAGGAGAACCAGCUUGACGAGCAGGUGAACUUUGACAACUGCAAGAUCGACCCCGCCCCCUUCCAACUGGUGGAGCGCACCUCACUACAUAAGACCCACACCAUCUUUUCUCUGCUGGGGUUGGACCAUGCCUACGUCACCAGCAUUGGACGACUCAUCGGAGUGGUGUCCCUCAAAGAGCUGCGGAAGGCCAUCGAGGGCUCUGUGGCAGUGAAGGGGGUGAAAGUGCGCCCCCCUCUGUCCAGUUUCCGGGACAGUGGCACCAGCGGCAGCAGCAGCAGCAAUAGCGAGAACGAAGCCACAGAGCUCCACAAGCUGUGGGACCGUCACAAAUCCAUGUCCCUCCCCCGGGAGCACCUGGCCUCCGACUCUGACGAGAAGUCCCAGUGAGGGGGAUGGGGACAGAUUUUUGGGAGAGGUAUAUUGGAUGGGGAUUGGGACAGGUUAAUGUAGACAGGUAUAUUACCGAGGAGUAGGAUGAGCGUUGACCCCCCCCCCCCACUUAAAAACCACUACCGAUGCUGCAACCUCAUAGCUUGGAUCAAUAUUUAAUUCUGGAAUAUAGAGUUCACACUUCCUCUUCCUCUCCUUGCCUUCCUCUCCAUCCCUCUCUCCUUUACCCCUCCUCCUGGUUGGCCUUUGGGCCCUACACUUACUCAGCUCUUAUGGAGGAGGGAUUGACUCACCACAGACUGGACCCUGCUCUCCACUAGGCUUGGGGGGGCCCACAACAGAAUAGAUCUGUGUGUUAGGGAGGGGAGAGGAGUUAAGGUGUCACUGCUUAACAAAGUUUGUCAGAACAAAAUGUAUAGAAUGUGUUUUGACUGUAAAAGGGAUUGCAUUUUCUUUUUUUGCCAACUUUGGUAUUGGUGAGGAAAUGUUCAGUUUGUUUGCAUUUUGUGGACCAGUAAACGUUUCUUUCUGACCAGUCUUCCAUAUGCAGACGGUUCAACAGUGACAAGAAGAUAGGCUUGUGUACCGGUAUGGAUGUGAGUGUAUGUAUUGAGUGCAUGGAUGCAUUGGUUGGUAUGUAUUUACAUGAAGAAAGUAGCGAAACCAACCACCUGCUUUAAUUCCUUUGUGAUUUGAAUCUUCUUAUCAGACACAUUUCAGUCUGAUCAUUUCAGCAGUGUUCUAGUUUGUUCCCAUCUGUUUUAGUGACCUGGAACUGGAAAUAAGUAGCCUAGUGGUUAGAGCAUUGGGCCAGUAACCGAAAGGUCGCUGGUUCGAAUACCCGAGGCAACAAGGUGAAAAGUCUGUAUCUUUGAGCAACACUUACCCCUAAUUUGCUCCAGGCGUGCCGUACUACUAUGGCUGACCCGGUAAAACAACACAUUUCCCUGAAACUAUCUGGAGUGUAUGUAUGUGACAAUAAAAUGUCUUCUUUUUUUCACCUUGCCUCUGUAGAGAGAACCACAUACUGUUCUGGUCUCACAUUGGGAGAUGUCUUCACCACUCUUUCUUUCAGUCCUCUCCCUCUACCCCUAUUAUUUUCUGUGUUACAUUAGUGCUUGAGUCUGGGUGAGAGAAUAGGCUACUCUAUGCAAACAGAUGUAUGUAUGUAGGUAUUCUGUAGAAUGGUGAAAGCAUUAACAUUUACCUCUCAGCAUGCUUCAACACACAUGCUGUGCACUCCUUUAAGAAAACACGGCCUCAAACACACAGGUUUUAAUAAGAGCCAGUCCAAGAGAAGUGGGCUUUCUCUAGAUGUGGCUCUUAAUAAGCCUGACUGAGUAUGUUGGGCUAGGGAGAGAGGAGGAGAGGAAGAAGGAGAGGGGGAAGAUGGAGAGUGAAUGGAAGAAUGAAAGCAUUUUCUGUUAUCUAAUCUGCUGUGUUAGGGAGUUUUCUUCAAUAGAACCCAGGGUAGCUUUCUGGUUGGCCAACUUCACAUCUUUACUGUUCACUGUCCAGUAACACUACGGUGAUCAGAGUAAGGUCAGACCCAGACCACAUAGAACCAGUUUAAAUAAUGCUGACCAGUAGCCAACUGACUGAAACUAGAUAUCUGAACUAACUGACCAAUGAUCAAACAUCCAUACUGACCAAUUAGAAGCCGUCAGCAUUACCGAUCGGUGAUCUAUACAUGGCUAAUGAUAAAGCACUUCAUUCCUACUACAGUAUGAUUUAUCAAUAGUGCUACUGAUGUAUAGAGCUGCCUAGAGGAUGUCUGGUUAUAUGGUUAAGAGUCUGACCUCUGUGAUUUUGACUUAUUCAUGUAUUUUCCUCACGACAGUCGUUGGCUUAAUGUGCUGCAUGGUUUCCUUAGUCAUUUGAAUGUAUUUAACUAUUAAGUAUGUUUUGCUUGGUGAUAUAAGCUCCAUACUGCACAAGCCCAGUGUGCAGCUUCCAAUCAGAUCACAUCCCUUAUUGAAUUGUCAGUAAAAAAAAAAAAGUAAGUAUGGCCACUACUCGUUUUCUCUCAGUCUCUCAUUCGCUCUCUCUCUCUCUCUCUCUCUCACUGAUUGAUUAACAGGCAGGGGUCAUUUUGAGACUUCUUUCUUCCUCCCUCCUUUGUAAUGUUUGCACUGAAAGGCCUGAUGCCUCUGAAAAGGACUGAGCAGAGUCACUUCCUGUGUCAAACACUAUUUCCACCUGCAAUUGUUGUUAUUUGGAUUUACUGUUUUCACCCAGCAAUAUCAUAAUUUCUGCUCACAUACGCAAGCUCAGAGUAUCUAACUGUGGUUAUACACAUUCAGACUCCUUACUCAUUGCCACAUUGAAUAAAGGACACACACACACAUAUACACACACACACACACACUAACAUUUUCACAGACUGACAUGCCCAUCCUCACAUGCAGAGAGACACACUCACACACCUUGAGUGACAGCAUGGCUUUGCAUGAAAGAGUGCAUGUUGAAGGCUGUGUUUUCAUAUUGUUAGAACUUUGACCAACAGAAUAUAUGAGAAAUAUACUGUUGUUUAUACAGGUUUGGAUAGGUUACUUUCGAAGUGUAACCCUGGGUGUAAAUCAUUUUAAUGGACAAUGUCAAUAUGCUGAUGGCUAUUUUGUUGAAUGUUUUUAUUCUCACUUAUUUUGCAUCUUUUGUCAUUGCAUUAGUUUUGAUCUAGGUUUGAUUGGCAUUCAUUCAUACAAUGAUCUUUAAUCAUGGCUUAUUUUGGAAAAGGAGAUGGGCUUUUUGGGGAAUGUGUGGAUUUAAGACUUUGCUAUACGUUUACAGAUUUAACAUAGUUAACAUCAUUGCUGUAAUACGUGAUUGUUAAUUUAAAAUCUAACUGAUCUAUAUUGCUAUCUAUGGAGUUGCUCUUCCUGCAACUCCUUUUUAGUUUUUGUUGCGUAUUGCUCUUCCCUGUCUGAUUUGUUAUAAAAAGGUCCAAUGUUCAAUGUUUUUCCAGCCUUGCAGCAUGUACCCAAUGUUUAUGUAUGUCAUUUGUAUAAUGCAAGUAACACUAUAACGCUAGCAGAAUGAGACCCACUACCUGAAGUAACAGGAACAUUUAACCAACGUUUAUAGAAUGUUUAAAGGACCCAUGGGUGUUCUCGGUGGUCUGUAUGACAUCGUCAUUUCACAAGUGCCUACAUCAUCCUGGCCCCUGCAUGGUAACAGGGGUAGGAUAGGAUUUCUCUGCAAAUGAAUGUGAUAAGUUUUUAAGGGAUAGAAAUGACUACCCAUGUCCCUGCAUAUAUAUAUAUACACGAUGUGUCAGUACAGUGUGCAACCAUGACAACUCUCUGUUGUCAGUCCCCAAGCUUGCCAAAGGGACCAGAGAAAAUGCACGUUUGAUUUGCUUUGGUGUUUGUAUUUUUCAGAUGGGUUUUUCAUUAUUUUGCGCUUCUCUGAAGUCAUUCUAUCCUUAUUUCCUUUUCUGUUCUCUAUGGCAUCAUUUACUACAAGAUAGAUAUUUUAGGGCAGGCGCAUAUUUAUUAAUGGGUAUUAAUCAAAAUAGAAGACUCUGAUUUGUUAGUUUUUUAAUUAUUUCGAUUUGAAUGAUUAGGUAAUCAACUUGUGCAAUAAUGAUUGUUCAUCUCACUUUCUAACCAGAUUUUAAUAUAUGACUUGACAUGAAUGCAAGAACCUUAUUUUUGUAAUGAAAUUGAAAAAUGUUAAACAAUAUGUAUGUUAUGACACACACUGUCUGUUUGGUCCCAGGCCAUUUCUGGAUUCUGCUGCUUGUACUGUCUCUGUCUGACUCUGGACUGUAUGAUGUGUUAUAGGCCCACUAUGGAAACUCACUGGGGUCAAACCAGCCAGAGUUUAACAAGUCCAGUGCUAUUUUUCACAAUUUGUUUUUAUAUCAGGGAUGAAUAAAGACAUUUUUAACAAA